GCAAUAGUGUGCACCGCGGCAUAUCCGGCGGAGAACUGCGGCGCCUGUCCAUUGCGGCUGAGUUGGUGACUGGGCCCGCCUUACUAUAUUUGGACGAACCAACAUCCAGUUUAGACUCGUACAACGCGCACGUAGUGAUUGACUGUCUCAAGUCACUCGUGAUGCAAAAGAAAACCAUGGUCAUACUCACUAUUCACCAGCCGUCGUCGAGGCUGUUUCAG